AUGUGGUCUCAGCGCCCCAUCUUUGCUGGAUCCAAUACUUACCUGAGCUCUGAGAUGGAUGAAACAGCUGUGGCGUCGGCAAUUCAAUCCGCAGUGACCCGUGAAUUGAAUGAGGAUAAGGAGGGCGUACUGAGUUCACAAACAUUUUUGCCUGAACAGUCCGAGUUGAUGUGCUUGUAUCUUCUACCGUCAUUGGCCUCUGAACAAAUAUCUCAACUUACAAAAAAAAGAAGCUCAUUCAUACAGAGUGCCAUACAAAGCUCAAUGUCAUCAGUGGUGAUUCCGCACACCACGCGCACGAAGCCACUUCUUCCUGGAAUGGCAAACGCCAAGCCUCACAUCGUCGGGAUUGAUGACCUGAAAAUAUUCAUGACCUCCGCAGAAGGAAAGUCUAUUUUCUCCAAUGGCAAAACGGACCUGUUAGUCGUUCAAAUCCCCUCAUCGAUGCCAUUACUCGACGUGGAUGCAGCGAUUCAAUCAGCCUCGAUCAGUCUUAACGAGAUUACAGGAGAUAGAACGGAUUUCGCUUUUACUGGCAACGACGCUACUUCGGUAGGGAACAUUGACUUUUUUUCGCGUCAUCUUGCUGCUCCGGCCCUCAGCGAACACAACAAUUCAUCUUCCGAGACUACACUAUUGUGUGAGUCGGGUUAUCUUGUUGGUCACAGCGCGACGGGCAAAGCUUUUUGCUUCUCCCACUAUGUGAACAUCACUCCCGAUAUUAUGACGCCGCAAAGGUACCCUCAACACGGAGCACCACGCGGCAAGGAGUUUUAG